CCGGAAGCCCGGCUUGUCUCCGUUCCAGAGAAAUGGCUGUUCUCUUUCUUACAAUGCACUAGCAAUAAACCUUGACGUGUAGCAAGUGAUGAGUUACAAGAGCAGAAUUGCUGCACCGAGGCUAGUCGCUGCACUCUUUUAUGCUGCAGAAUAAUAGGAGUGUAAAUGCUGCGUUGUAGUUCAUCUCUAAUCUACAUGAGCGCUGAGUUUUGUUGUUAGCUACCUGCUAGCCGGCUAGCGCGUUAGCCGCAAAGCCGAGACACCUGUCAGCCAGCGCUGCUCGGUAAAGCCCGUUAAUGGGAAACACAUAGAGCUGCAGCCACAAGAGAACCGUUUGUUCGUUCAAUAGCAGACAAUUAAUUGGUAACCCCGCGCCUAAAUGCCCGAACAAGGACCCAGAAUGAAUGGGUUUUCUCUCGGCGAACUAUGCUGGCUCUUCUGUUGUCCACCCUGUCCCAGUCGCAUCGCGGCCAAGCUAGCUUUCCUCCCCCCGGAGCCCACGUACUCUGUGCACACCGAUGCUAACGGGGUAACUAGCUUACAUUUGACCGAGCGGGCGGACUGGCAGUACUCCCAGCGAGAGCUCGAUGCAGUGGAGGUGUUUAGCACCAGGAGCAGCCGGGGUAACCGGGUCGGCUGUAUGUUUGUGCGCUGCGCCCCGAACAGCCGGUACACGCUGCUGUUCUCCCACGGUAACGCCGUGGACCUGGGACAGAUGUGCAGUUUUUACAUCGGCCUCGGCUCCAGGAUCAACUGCAACGUGUUCUCCUACGAUUACUCAGGGUACGGAGUCAGCACCGGCAAGCCCUCUGAGAAGAACCUGUAUGCGGACAUCGAGGCGGCCUGGCAGGUUCUGAGGAACAAGUAUGGCGUAACACCUGAGAACAUCAUCCUGUACGGUCAGAGCAUUGGCACCGUGCCCACCAUCGACCUGGCUGCUCGCUAUGAAUGCGCCGCCGUCAUCCUACACUCACCACUCAUGUCAGGGCUACGAGUGGCCUUCCCUGAUACACGGAAGACCUACUGCUUUGAUGCUUUCCCCAGUAUUGACAAGGUGUCCAAGGUGGCGUCCCCAGUGCUGGUGAUCCACGGAACGGAGGACGAGGUGAUCGACUUCUCCCACGGCCUGGCCAUGUACGAGCGCUGCCCCCGUGCCGUCGAGCCCCUGUGGGUGGAGGGAGCCGGCCACAACGACAUCGAACUGUACGCUCAGUACCUGGAGAGACUCAAGCAGUUUAUCUCCUUCGAGCUCCCCACCUCCUGAGGGGAGCUCAGCACUUAGGCCGGGUUCAUCUCAACACACUCAAGAAGCCUCCCCCUUCAUCUCCCAACUUCCUCUCUUAGCAUAGGGGCAGGACAGGUGUCAACUGAUCACACUGAUCCCCCCUC